AUGGAUGAGGAUGCACUCAAGGACUAUCUCCCUGCCUCAUUCGGAGCAUCAGGGGGCGAAUUUGACAUCGAGGAACAGAUGGAGACGGCGAGGAGGAAAGCAGCUGGCCUGCCUGAGCCCAAGGGCAAGGCUUCACCCGGCUCGAAGGGAGAGAGUGAGUCGGACGACGACUCUGAUGAUGAUGACUCCGACGAUGAGGACGACUACCCCGUUUCCCAUGAGAUCGUCUUCAAAACUCACGAUCGUGCCGUCACCACAAUCUCGUCGGACCCGUCUGGCUCUAGGAUGAUCACGGGCUCGACAGACUGCACGAUCAAACUGUACGAUUUUGCUUCCAUGACGCCCAACACCUUACGGGCCUUCAAAUCCGUCGACCCUACAUUCACAAAGGGUUCGGCGGCAUCUGAGACUCACCCGGUGCAUACUGCCAAGUUCAAUCCAAACUCACCAAGCCAAGUCCUGGUGGUCUCAGCCACUCCUCAGGCCAGGAUCUUGUCCCGCGACGGCGAAACUCUGACCGAGUUCGUCAAGGGCGACAUGUACCUCCGCGACAUGAACAUGACCAAGGGCCACAUCAGUGAAAUCACCUGUGGCACGUGGCACCCACACAAGUACGACCUGUGCGUGACCGCCGGCACAGACAGCACCCUGCGCAUCUGGGACGUGAACGUGCGGAACAAACAGAAAGAAGUCAUUGUCCACAAGUCGAAGCUCGCGGGCUCAGCUGGGCGAAGUCGAAUGACUGCUGUCGCGUGGGGGAGUCAGGUCGAAGGUGGAAAUAGUCUUCUUGUCGCCGCCGCGCUCGACGGGGCUCUUCUUAUGUGGGGAGGAGACGGGCCUUACCACAGACCCAGUGGUGAAAUCACCCAUGCUCAUGCAAGCAACUCUUGGACAAGCGGCAUCGACAUCAGUGCUGAUGGGCGACUGGUCGUCACAAGAGGCGGGGACGACACUGUCAAAUUAUGGGAUACCCGCAAAUUCAAACAGCCCGUCAAUACUGCAACUCACGCCUCGACAUCAAGUCAAUACCCGACCUCGAACAUCUUGUUCGCUCCGAAUUCGUCCUCCAUCGUCACCGGUUCUGAGGCUGGAGAUCUUUACAUUCUCAAUCCCGCGACCCUAAAACCCGAACUCGUCACUCCCGUCACCCCCGGAUCCUCGCUGAUCAGCAUCCUCUGGCACGACAAAUUGAACCAAAUCAUCACGGGAAGUGCCAACGGCGAGACGCACGUGCUUUUCAGUCCCACAAUCUCCAAAAAGGGCGCGGUAAUGGUCAUGUCCAAGGCACCCAAACGCCGCCACAUCGACGAUGACCCGACGCUCACCACAGAUAUGUCUCAGGGGAUAUCGAGCGACGCGAUCAUCAACCCGGGAACCGCCAGUGAAGCCAUCCAGGGCAGCACUUUCGCCUCGAGACACCCGACCAUCGGACUCACCGCAUCGGGCAAGUCGCGUGACCCGAGGAGACCGCACAUCCCGGCCACCACGCCGUUUGCGAAGAGCCAGCCUGACGAGCGGCAUAUCAAGGAGCGGAUCCCACUGAGCACGAUGAGAGAAGAAGACCCGAGAGCGGCGCUUCUGAAAUAUGCCGACAAGGCAGAGAAGGAUCCCAUGUUCACCAAGGCAUGGAAGACCACGCAGCCCAAGACCAUUUAUGCGGAAUUAAGUGACGAGGAAGAAGACGAUGGGCCACAGAAGAAGAAGCAGAGGACGUGA